AUGAAGGAAGGAGAAGAAAUUUUAAAAAAUCUUUUCGAAUGUUCAUUUCGUUUGUUUGCCAGCCAACUCACGUUUCGCCGAAUUCGACACAUACUCGACAUCGUUUGUGUGAGACAAGCAUCGACAGAUUCGGAAAAUGGUUUAAAGGUCAGGUCUCCGGUGUACAAGGCAGUGAGACAUGAUCACGAAAUUAUUAAUCUGUUGAGCGAUUGCGAUAAAAAUCAAGAAGGUGAAAAUGAUAGCUUUACGUGGUUUAUCGAAUGUCUUAUUAUUGCAAGAUACGCAGAUGACGUCGCCAUCAUAAUUCCAGAUAAAAACAUGGUUCAUGCUUGUCAGAGGAUGAAUAGGUGCAUGAGAAUUGUUGAAAGAUGGUGUCAAAAAUGGAAAAUGAUGAGAUCCCAGUGCUCAAUAAUAUUUACAAGUUUAAAACUGUUAUUGAAGGUACAGACAACUUUCCAUCGUCUUAUCUAG